AUGGGGCGCAUCGCGCGCCCCCCGUCGUCUGUCUGCAUCCUGGGGGGAGGAUGGGCAGGGCUGUCAGUGGCCUUCCACCUUCAGGAGCUUGCCAGCCGCAUGCAGCACGCCAUGCGCAUGCACGUGGUGGACAAGGAGGCGGUGGGAGAGGGAGGAGCGUCUGCGGUGGCGGGGGGGCUGGUCCAUCCCUUCACGCCGAGGGCGAAGAAGAUCUGGAUGGGAGAUGCGGGAAUGGAGGCUACCAGGAGGCUGAUCCGGGUUGCGAGCGAGGGCAGGCGCGAGGAGGACUUUCGAGCUGCUGCGCAGAACUUCCCGUCGGAGAUCGAGCUGCUGAGGUUGGAGGACGACCCGAGCCUGGCAGGCAGGACCUCUCUUGAAGCAUUCUCCCCCGCUGCUCUUGCUCAAGGCUCUGUCUCCCAGCAGGAGUUUCGCCGAGCAUACAGUUCGGCAUCCGGAUCAAGUGGGUGGUCAGGGCUGUCGGUCAACGGACGAAACUACUCGAGGGCGCUGUGGGAACAUUGCAAGCGGGCCUCGGGCGGCGGCUCCAUAGAGUGGGUUCGGAGGGACGUGGGGGGGCUAGCAGACGUCGGCGACUUGCAGGCUGAGUCCGUCGUGGUGUGUCUGGGGUACGGGAGUGUGAUGUUGAGGGAGCUGCAAGGGCUCCCGAUCAAGUGUGUUGCCGGGCAGAGCCUUGAGUUCGUGCGGAGAGGCGACGAGCCCAGCGACCUGAAAGUUUCGCUGCUUGCGGGAAAGUACAUCUCGCCUCUCCGUGAUGGAGACAGGCUUCGCUUGUACUGUGGCGCGACGCAGGAGCACGGGACCGUCCAAGAGCUUGUGCGGCGAGGUGCAGACGUGGAGAAAGCGAAACAAGAACUGAUUCCGGAGCUGACGGCCCUCUAUCCCGAGCUGGGCACGGACUGCUGGGCUCCUACAAAAGUCUCCCUUUCUCUCUUGCCAUGCAGGACCGCGGCUACUGACUCGCCAUGGCAGUCGAGGUAUGGGAUCCGAGCCUUGACCAGCCGAGAAAACGAAGGUCGCCUUCCCCUCUGCGGGCUGCUCCGAAGCGGACCGGGGGGCUCCAUGCUCAGCAACAGCGAUGUCUGGGUGCUAACGGGCUUUGGAUCGAGGGGGCUGAUCCACCAUGCGCUGCUCGGGGAGAUGAUGGCCAAGGCUGUGAUGCAUCGCGACCCGAGUCACUUGCCCCCCGAGCUACAGAAGUCCUCGCUCUUCACCUAG